CCUCCGCCUUACCGGAAGUCGCUUUCGUGACGAGCUAAAAACGCCCGUCGGGGGCGUGUCUUCUGCAGUAGCCAAUGGGCUCUGCCUACUUCCGUUCUUCGUCAUCGUUUUGUCUAAUCGUAGCCUGUGACGUUUGACGCGGAGGGAGCUACAGAAACCGAGAGGGGCCAGGCGCUCCAGUUGCUCCGAAGCGGGGAAGGGGCAAGAUGGUUUACAUCUCGAAUGGACAAGUGUUGGACAGCCGGAGUCAGUCUCCAUGGAGAUUAUCUUUGAUAACAGAUUUCUUCUGGGGAAUAGCCGAGUUUGUGGUUUUGUUUUUUAAAACUCUGCUUCAGCAAGAUGUGAAAAAAAGAAGAGGCUACGGAAGCUCAUCUGAUUCCAGAUAUGAUGAUGGAAGAGGGCCACCAGGAAACCCUCCUCGAAGAAUGGGUCGAAUCAAUCAUCUGCGUGGCCCCAGUCCCCCUCCAAUGGCUGGUGGAUGAGGAAGGUAAAUGUCUGCUCUAAGAAGCAGACAACUGGGCAUGCACAUUCAUAGUAGUAGAAGGAAACCAUCAAGAAUUGAAGAACUGACCAUGCUGGACAAGUAGAUGAAUGUGUAUGUCUAAACAAGGAUUGCUCUGUGUCUUCACAGAUGAAUGAGGUCAUGCUGGGAAUUCCCUCUGCAGGGAACUGGCCUGACUGACAUGCAGUUCUAUAAAUGCACAUGUUUGUCUCAUCUUUUUUGUAUAGUUUAUUAAAGUAUUAAUAUAGUUUUAAUAAGUAAGUAUUUUUAGGUUGCAGAAGUGAUUCCUCAUCUUUAUAUAAUUAAAUCACAAAAACUCUUGAAUCUGAAGAAAAUAAAAUCUGUGUAUUCAAUACUA